AUGAGAGCACCAGGACGUGAGCCUGCAAUGCUCGGUGAGGCGUACACGCCCCCCAGACCAGUCGGCGGAGACGAAGUACUGGUACGUGCGGAGCGCCGAUGUCCGGUAAAGAAGGACAGAAUUUCCUUUGGGCGCAAAGCCGUAUUUGUGGGUGUCGCAGGAGAUGCUUGUGACGCCUUUCAGGGUGAAGUCAAACGGGACAGUUGGGAAACCCGCGCGUGCGAGAAAAGGGACUAG